UUUUUUUCCUGGCAAUUCUUUCUUGUAAACUUUUUUAUUUGGAUUCGAUUAAUUAUUUUUUUAUUUUUCCUUUGUUUUUUAAAGACGCUUGUUUUUCAAUCAUCUCUCCUUCCUUACUUUAAAUCCUCCUCUCUUUAUCAAUCUUUUUACAUGAUUUGCUGACAAAAGCUUUAAUGAAAAGCUUUAUUGAAAGCUUUAAUGAAUGCUUGUUUAGUAGCCCUCGAUUAUUCUUUCAAUAAUUUUUCCUCCUCCCCUCUCCAAUCUUAUCAAAAAACAAAAAAUUUUCAUUUUAUUAUUUUUUUUAACUCCGCCCCUAUUUUUACUAAAACACCUUCCUUUGAUAAUUUAUAAAGCAAGGAAAAUUUAUUUCAGACAAACUGGCUUUUCUAAAUUUCAAUGAAAAAUUUUGUGUUUAUUUUUUCCGGAUCCGACAACCUUGGUGAACGACCCUUUUGGAAAAACUUGAUUUUUAAGAAUUAUUUUCCUUUGCUUUAUUUGAACUUGAAUUUAAAAAAAAAGUUUUCUUGGGGAUCUUAAUUUAAGAGGCUCUUAAAAAUUUUUUUAGAAUAAACAAAAAAUUUAAAAAUAAUUUUUUACUUCCUCUCAAUAUUUUCCGUAAAAAUUUUGUUGAGCAUUUUGCCGCCACUUAAUCGGAUUUUAAUUUUUAAUUCUUCUUUCUCGAUAUUUUGUUUGUUAAUAUUGUACCUAUUUGUUUGUUUUUCUGUCUAAUUUUUAUUUAAAAUCUAAUAUUUUUCUACGUACUAUUUGGGAUCGUUUGGGUCAUUAAAGAAUUUGUUUUGGAUUUUUUGAGAUCACCUCUGAGGACUAACACCACGAAGACCUCUACCUAAAUGCCUAUUGACUCUGUAGACCAACAACUUUUGAAAGGGGAUGUCGAGGGCCCUUUCUUCUGGGGUGUAGGUCUUUCUUCCUCAGUCUUAAAAAUAAAUUUAAUUAACGUUUUCUGAUAAUUUUUCUAAAUUUAUUUAUAGAAAUACUACUAAAAAUAUUAACAUUAGUUUUAAUUUCCAAGUACUUUUACACGGCUUAUCUUUAUUUUCAGUAUGUUGUUUAUUUGAAUUUUUGAUGAGUGUAAAAAAAUAUGGGGAAGAGAAUGUUUGUCUGUGUGUGAAGUAAAAAUAUACUCCGACAAUAUGGCGCCGGAGGCCCUCCUUUACCCUCGAAAAUUUUUUUUUAUUUCCAUAGAAGAAAGCAACGAGAAAAAAGAGGAAGAUGGACAACAACAAAGGGCGCUGGAGGAUCACAUUACUCUUCCCUUUUACAUAUUUUUUUGUUUUAGGAGUACAUUAAAGGUUAUUUUUAAACAAUUUUAGUAUUUAGUCUUAGAGGGGCAUUUUAAAAAAUCUGGGAGACAAUCAGGAAGCAUUUAAAAAAAUUUUUUUCGCAGACUUUUUUUUUGUUGAUCAUAUGUUUUUUUUGUUUUAGUAUAGAUCUCUUAUUUGGAGGGGAAGGGGAAGGGUUUUGUUGAAGAAAAAACUAAUGAUCAAAUGUGACAUAUAUUUGUAAAUGUGAUGUGUUAAGCUUACGUGUCUCUAAAAUAGAGGAAGCUUUAAAAAGCGAUUUUUCAAAGGAAAAAAGUACAUUGUUUCCCAAAAUAAGGGGGAAAAUAUUUUUUCUUCCUUGUUUAUUAUUUUUAUUUUUGUGUGAGUAAAUAUUUCCGAGUGCAUUUGAGCGCGGCAUCUUUCUUAUAAUUUAAAAAUGGGGAUUUUUAAAGGAAAUUAAUCAUUUGACUAUUCAGUGAAAAUUUUAUUCUAUUUUUUAAUUUCACCUCUGAAAAAAUCCGAUUAUCAUUUACAAUUCUAAUAUUUCUUCUAUUAUUCUUCUAUUUUUCCUUCUGCUAGGUCAUUUUAUAAAAAAUGGUUGUCGUUUCAACAAAAAUAGUUUUAAAAUUUUUUUGUAACUGUCUAAAAGCUUUGAAAUUUUGGGUGUAUAUUUUUUUGAGUGUUUUUUCUAAUAGAUCCCAAAAUUCGAGAAUUUUAGGUAUUCAAGGAGUUGUAGUCGUGAAAACACUGAAAGUCUCAAAGCCAUCAGGGUUCCUUCCUUCUUUGUUCCUUUCCUCUUUUUUAAAAUAAAAAUCCGAUUGUCGUGGUUGCUAAUUACUCUGAAAUUUUUUCUACAUCCUUCUAUAUUUUCUAGAAUUUUCUCGUAAAUUUUUUUUGAAUAUUUUUUGUCGAUCACCUCUCUAUAAUAAUUUAUUUUUCGCUUGCAAAUAUAUUCU